GGGAAAUCAAGCCCUCAUUCCUACCAGCACCGGUCGACUCCCUACCUAUUCCAGUCUCGCUACAUUCCGACCUCAACGUUCAAAAAUCACUAUCCGAACCCCAAUUUCCUGAAGACAACAACAAUGCCUCCUUCUCCAUCUUAACCCCCUAGGAAAAGCGCUGGAUCAGCUUCGCUGUCUCUUUCGCGGGCAUGUUCUCGGCCCUAAGCAGUUACAUUUACCUUCCCGCUCUGGUGUUCCUGGCGCUGAUGAAUCUCACCGUCACUUCGUAUCUGCUCGUGGCCGGGAGAGCGCUAGCGUUUAUGGGAGACAUGGCGGGCCAGAGCGAGACGCGGCCGGUGUACAUGGUCAUAUUCAUAUUAAUGGCGGGCGCAAACUUGUGUAUGGUGCUGGUGAGAAACUAUGUUGGGUCGUUGUGUUGAGGAUGGUGCAGAGUGCAGG